AAGUUGGUACCUGUUUCAAUGCGUACCGCGUAUCAUUCGUGUGUGUCAGCUGCUGGUGUCUACGAUAUAAAUUGUCAAUAUAUGAUAAUAUUGUCGCACAAUUUAUUAUUAUAAAUAAUUAAAACAAUAAUAAUUGCGAUUUGCGAAUACGGUAAGCACCAAGCAGUAAGCACUAAGCACACGGCGGCCGCGCAGCUUGUGCAACAGCAGUUGCGCACUUGCGCGUAAAGUGCGGUGGCGUGCGUGUGUGUGUGUUUGCGUGUGUGUUUGCGUGCGUGUGUGAGUGUGUGCGAAUACAUGUGUGUGCGCGCGCGCGUGUCGUGUUAUCUCGUCCACUCGCGAGUUUGCGACCCAAAACGCACUCUCUCUCCGCUUAAACAACUAUAGCUGGUAUAGUUAAAUAGUUUGGAAAAUUAACCCACGCACGCAAUUGUUGCUACUGUCAUCGUAAUUUACUACUGUCAUUUAUUAUUUCAAAUUGUACGGCACAAUUCGUACGACAAUAUUGUGUGUGUUAAGCUGAUCACGGUCGACCGUAUUCGUUCCGAAAGAUAAUAAUCGAUUGGUAGUAGUCAACGAUCUCUCUGUCGUCCAGUCGCUGAGAUCGCCGCCGCUGCCUCAACGGUGACAUAACUCGUCGUGGUCUUAAGUGCGGUGCUGAUAAACACUCAUGGCGUCAUCGUGUCCGCCGCCGUAAUACAAUCGGCGAUCGUCGGUAACGGCGGGAAAGACGUUUCGCCAUUCUUCCUGCUCUUCUCCGUUUCACUCGGUCCCUGUGCUGCCUACUUCCACCGACGAGUCCAGCGCAGACCCGAACCGGAGCAAGUAUUGUAAUAUUCUAUAUUGGAGUGCACUUGCCGCCACCGAGCUGCUGUGAGACGUCAAUACACGGUUAGCCAUAAUUGUGUUAAAAUAUUUGAUGGUUUGAAAGUCACUGUAAAGUGAAAAAUUCUGAUUGCCAUGGGUACUAUUGUAGAGAGUUUUGCCAAUUGUUCAAUAUCGACUCGGGAUAGGGUAAUUGCUCCUUCAAAUCAAAUUCAAAUUUUUCAACUCAUUGUAACAAUUGAAAGCGCAAGUUUAAAAAAUAAUGGUGGAUUGAUUAAACCGCAUCCAUAUGUUGAACUUAUUGUUGAUGAUUGCAAAAGAAAUAAAACUGAAGUUAUUAAAAAUACAUAUCAACCGAAAUGGAAUGAAGAAUUCACUGUACUUGUUACUCCAUACUCAAUAUUACACUAUCGUGUAUUAGAUUAUUGUAAAUUUCAAAAAGAUGUGCUUAUAGCAGAGAAGAGUAUUAGUCUUUAUGAUAUUUUAAGUAAUUAUAAUGGUGUCUGUGAUAAUUUGGAGUUGACAAUUGAUUUGAUACGAGUUCGUCAUCAUGAUCAUCAAGCAUCAAGUUCAUCCACAUCUAACAAUUUGGUCAAAGUUGGAGAGUUGAUUACUAUAUUACAUGGUUUUCAUAUUGAUAUGUCUCAAGUUUCGAAUCCAUCUAGAGAAACAGGCAGUAGUACUCAUAAUCAUCAAGGAUUAUCAAAUGGCGAUUUUAGUAACGGAGUUAGAGCUCGUAGUCGUUCCUCGACAAUGGUCGCUAUUGUAUCACCACUAGACAUGGAUGUAUCAAAUAAUCUUGUAAAUAAUGCGUUAACUAAUAACAUUCGGACAUCACAAACUCCACCAUCACACAAUAAUUCUGCUGAGGGAACAAUUACUGUUCAUCAUCAAAACGGUCCUGUUACAUUACCAAUAGAAGAACCAUUGCCCGCUGGUUGGGAAAUGAGAUUUGAUUCAUUUGGACGAAAAUAUUAUGUAGAUCAUAACACAAAAUCAACUUCUUGGGAACGACCACAACCAUUACCAGCUGGUUGGGAGCUUAGAAGGGAUAGCCGUGGGCGUAUUUAUUAUGUGGAUCAUAAUACUCGUACUACCACAUGGCAACGACCAAACGUUGAAAGACUGCAGCAUUACCAACAUUGGCAAGGGGAAAGAGCUCAUGUAGUUCAACAAGGAAACCAAAGGUUUCUGUAUCCUCAGCAUGCUUUAGGAACAGGUUCUGGACCAAAUAAUAGACAAACUACAGGAGUUCCACCUACCCCUGUUGUCGAAGAGGAAGGACAGUUACCCAAUGGUUGGGAAAAGCGUCUCCAACCGGAUGGUAGAACUUAUUUUGUUAAUCAUAAAAGUCGCAUUACUCAAUGGGAGGAUCCACGUACACAAGGAACUGAGAUGAUUAUUGAAAAUUCUGAUUUACCAACUGGUUGGGAAGUAAGAAAAACCACUGAUGGAAUUAGAUAUUUUGUUGAUCAUAAUACACAUACAACUACUUUUGAAGAUCCUCGUAACCAUGUACUACCCAUUCAGUGUUCUACUGGUCCUUAUGGGGUACCUGCGGCUUAUGAAAGGUCAUUCCGUUGGAAAUUAAGCCAGUUCCGGUAUUUGUGUCAAAGUAAUGCAAUAUCAAGCCACAUUAAGAUAACGGUUUCCAGACAAACACUGUUUGAAGAUUCCUAUCAUCAAAUAAUGAGAUCUGCUGCGUAUGAAAUGAGGAAACGUUUGUAUAUAGUAUUCCGUGGAGAAGAAGGCUUAGAUUAUGGCGGUGUUUCACGAGAAUGGUUCUUUUUACUUUCACACGAAGUACUCAACCCAAUGUACUGUCUGUUUGAAUAUGCCAACAAAAAUAAUUAUAGUCUACAAAUUAAUCCUGCUUCGUAUGUGAAUCCAGACCAUUUGUUAUAUUUCAAAUUUAUUGGACGAUUCAUAGCUAUGGCUUUAUAUCAUGGACGUUUUAUUUACUCUGGUUUCACAAUGCCCUUUUACAAGCGUAUGCUGAACAAAAAACUUACCAUGAAAGAUAUCGAAUCUAUUGACCCAGAAUUUUAUAAUUCAUUGGUUUGGAUACGUGACAAUAAUUUAGAAGAAAGUGAUAUUGAAAUGUACUUUGGUGUGGAUUUUGAAGUACUUGGUCAAGUUGUCCAUCACGAGUUGAUAGAAAAUGGUGACAAAGUGAAGGUUACUGAUACUAACAAAGAUGAAUACAUUAGAUUAAUGACUGAAUGGAGAAUGACACGUGGCAUUGAAGAACAGACUCAAGCAUUAUUAGAUGGAUUUAAUGAAGUAGUUGCAUUAGAAUGGUUGAAAUAUUUUGAUGAACGUGAACUUGAACUCAUGCUGUGUGGCAUGCAAGAGAUUGACGUCGAAGACUGGCAACAGCAUACAAUUUAUCGCCACUACAAUAGAACUAGCAAGCAAAUUAACUGGUUUUGGCAGUUUGUAAAACAAGCUGACAAUGAAAAACGAGCAAGACUUCUUCAGUUUGUGACUGGAACAUGUAGAGUUCCGGUGGGAGGGUUUGCUGAACUUAUGGGGAGCAAUGGAGCGCAGAGGUUUUGCAUUGAAAAGGUUGGUAAGGAAACAUGGUUACCUCGGUCUCACACAUGCUUUAACAGGUUAGACUUACCGCCAUACAAGAGCUAUGACCAACUAGUCGAAAAACUCAAUUAUGCUAUUGAGGAGACUGAAGGGUUUGCUCAAGAAUGAAACACAAAUAUAUUCAGGUUAAUGUUCCAUCAAUUGUUACGAUUUGAAAUAUAGAUAUAGUAGUAUAUACUAAUAUUUACAAGACCGAACAGUGAUAUCAUGACCUCAUAAUAUCAAAUAAACGGUGAAACCGUAUUUAGCCCUUUAGAGGUUUAAAAUACAUUCCUUAAUUUAUAUUCUGUUUUUAUUUUAUGCAUCGUUAAUUAAUUUUGGAGUUAAAGUGUUUUAUUCAUUGAUGUUUCUCGUUAUAUAUCUCCCAUUCAUAUAGUUACUAUUACUUAUAGAAUUUAAGAACUGUGUUUUUAUAAAUAAGGCGCAUGUAUGUAUUAAAUAAAUAAAUACAAAAAUACUUUUAAUGUAAUGUACAAAAAAAAAAGUGAAUAAUAAUGGUUAUGAUUUAUUACAAACUUCGAUUUAGGUGAACGAAAGUAUAAUUUAUGUAUAAAUAAAUCAUAUUCCACUUAUUCACUUUAAAUAAUUUUUACUAUAACAUUCAACUAAUAUCUGUUAUAAUUUGUUAACUAAACAUAGGGUACUUAAAUAUUAUAUGAUAAAUUAAAAUAUUUAUUUAUUGCAGUACUAAGCAAUCAUUAGAAUUGAAAAUACAUGUGACCUAAAGCUGCGAUAAUAAUUACAUUUAUUAUUGUUGUUUUUCUUAGAUUGUGCUUACGCUUUUGCGAACAUGUUUAUUUUUUUAAAACAUAAAAAGUUACCAUGUAUGACAAUUGUUUAUUUUGUAUUCUGAAAUCUUAUUAUGAACAAUUUUAGCAUUAAUUACAAUAUAUAAGAUUAGGUACCAUACAGCAUUUAGUAAACAAUUUUGUUUAAAAAUGUAUUCAAUUUUUUUUUUAAGAAAGAGCAUUUACAAAAAAUAAAAUUUAGCUCAAACUAUUUAAAAUAUUUUUUAGGAAAUAUCUUUAGAAAAUGUUUAUAAAAUUUAUUCAGACAUUAUUUUCCCUAAAAUACUUUUAAUAUGUUAUUACAAAAUGAAAAUUCAUCUUAAUGAUUUUAAAUACAAUACAUACUUUUCUAAAAAUUGACCGUUUUAUAGUACUACUUUGCUGUGUGUGAGCAUAUUGUAUCGCUUAAAUAUAAAUUAAUUUUACUUUAUUAUUAUAAAAAAUAUUUAUAUAAUUCCUGUGCUCUAAAUUUAUUCUCUGUUUUUGUUAAAUUAAAUAAAUCUAACCCUGUGAACAUAGGCGUGCUCUCAGAUGUGGCUUGUAGGGCUAUAGCUUCAUCUCAAGUUUUUUUAUUUAGGUAGGCACCAAAAAAGUCUAUCCCCUAAAGAAGAAAUCGCAAAUUUGUUGCGUGCGAAAAAUAAAAUAUUAAUUAUAUUGUAUUUUUAGUAAUAAUUAACAAGACCACAAUUUAUUUCUUAUUUAUAUAAUAUACACCUAUAUUUCAUAAUUUAAUGGCUUGUAAGAAAAUAAAUCAGUUCAUUUUUGGCACGGAAUAUUAGAAAAAUUUGACUUCCCUGCUCUUCUGUAAAGUCUUUUCAAACUAACUGCUGGAAUUCGGAAGUAUUAACACAACGACUACAUCGCAUUUCAGAACAUGUGAGAUGCGUUAUUAUAUAACAAUUAUAUAUUCAAUAUUACAUUUAAUUUUUCUGUUUCGAGUAUAUUUUAUAUAUUCAUUUUUUAGUAUGUAUACUUUUUUUGUGGGGGGGGGGGGGGAGGCAGUGAGUGAAUUGUGAAGGGGAAAGUCGUGAAUGGUCAAAAAAAUAGUAGCCACAUCUGCAACAAAAGUGUGCACGCCUGUGCAUGGAAAUCUAGUUAGUUUUAUAUAAAUAGACACAAUUUAUGAUACAAAUAUUAUACUAUUUGGACAGUUAUUAAAUAUUAUUGUACAUAUACUUUUAGAAUAUUAUAUAUUAUCUCAAUAUUGUUGUUAAAUAUUAUAUUUCAUUAAUAAAAAAAAUAUUUAAACAUGAA